CGGCUCCGUCUCCCUCCGCGGUUCUUUCCCCCUCCCCCUGUCAUGGGGGAGGCCGAAGAGCAGGUGCCCGUAUCAGGUGCUAUAUUCACAUUUGGAAAAAGCAAAUUUGCAGAAAAUGUUCCUAGCAAGUUCUGGUUUAAAAGUGACAAACCUUUACAUAUAUCAUGUGGAGAUGAACAUACAUCUGUUAUUACAGGAAACGGUAAACUUUAUAUGUUUGGAAGUAACAACUGGGGACAACUGGGAUUGGGAACAAAGAACAACAUUAACAAGCCAACAUGUGUGAAAGUUUUAAAACCAGAAAAAGUAAAAUUGGCUGCUUGUGGGAGAAAUCACACUUUGAUUUGUACAGAACAAGGGAAAGUGUAUGCUGUUGGAGGUAACAGUGAAGGACAACUGGGAAUAGGUGACACAGAGGAAAGAAGCACAUUUCAUCCUAUCAGUUUUUUUACCAACCAGCACAAGAUCAGACAGCUGGCAGCUGGAUCCUACACUUCAGCGGCACUUACUGAGGAUGGACGGCUUUUUAUGUGGGGAGAUAAUUCUGAAGGACAAAUUGGCUUGGCUAAUGUAGCAAACGUGUGUGUUCCUCACCAAGUGGAUGUUGGGAAACCUAUUUCCUGGAUCUCUUGUGGAUAUUACCACUCUGCCUUGAUAACACGAGACGGUGAACUCUAUACUUUUGGGGAGCCUGAAAAUGGAAAGCUAGGCUUGUCACAUGAGCAACUGAAAAACAACAGGGUUCCACAACUUGUUUCUGGAAUUUCUGGUAGGGUUAAUAAAGUCGCCUGUGGAGGAGGACAUACAGUGGCACUUGCAGAGGGAGAUGUCUACACCUUUGGGCUUGGCCAAUAUGGGCAACUUGGACAUGGUACAUUUAUUUUUGAAACUUCUGAACCAAAGAUUGUGGAUCUGGGGAGGCAUAAAAUCUGUAACAUAGCAAGUGGGGAAAAUCACACAGCUUUGAUAACAGAGAAUGGCCUUAUGUAUACCUUUGGCGAUGGACGGCAUGGCAAGUUAGGACUUGGUGAAGAAAAUUACACGAAUCAGUUUGUACCUACGUUAUGUGCUAAUUUUUUGAAAUUUACUGUACAUUCGGUUGCCUGUGGUGGUUGCCACAUGCUGGUUUUUGCCACACCAAGGCCUAAAGACUCAGAAGAAAUACGUGUGCCAGACUUAAAUGAACAUGGCUUGUCUACUGUAGUUUCUGAAUUGGGCAUAGAUUCAUUAGUAAUAAACACCUUGCAUCGAUCAUUAUCUGCACGUAUACGACGAAGAGAGCGGGAAAAAUCACCCGAACAAUUUAGCCGAUUGGUACGAACACUUCCUCCUCUUGGAGACAGUUCCCUGAAGCCUGCAUCUGUUGUCAUCAGUAAUACUGUCCCAUUUGGUGUACCCACUGCAAACCUUCUAAACUCAGAGGCAGCUAAGACAAAUAAAGACUAUGAAUCUGCUGUAGACUAUGGAACAGCCGAUGAGAAAGAGGAGAGUGAGGAUGAAGAGGAGAGUUCAGCAGAUGAUGAUGCAAGUGAGGGCAGAAACCUCGGGGACACCACAGAUGUCUUAAAUAUGACCCAUGUGAUGAAACUGGAUCCCAGUGACCAGUCGCUACAGUUAACACCAGUUCAAAAACAAAAGGAUCACGAUUCAUCUGAUGAGGAAGAGAGUAGCAAUGGUGAUGAAGAUGAAGACUCUGAUGAAAAAGAAGAAACAGAAAAGGAAGAGGUAGAAGCAGAUGCAGCAGAAUAUGAUGACCAAGUACCUGAAAACGAGGGACAGAGCAGUAAAUCCCAUGAGAACACAGAACAGAAUCAAGUGACCAUGGAAACCCUAAAGAAAGAAGUGGCCACUCCAGAAGGAGAAAUAACUCAGCAAGAGGGUGAGAAUGCAGAGGUUUGUGCCACGAACAAUUCUUCAGGAGCCAUUAGAGACAGUAAUGCUGACAGCACAUCUGGAAGACUACUGGGAAAGAGGAAAACGUUUUCUUUCUUUAAACGAAAGCCUUCGAGGCAGAAGAAUGCACACAGCUGUGAUGAAAGCAGCCUUGAAAAGCUACCUCAGAGUGAAGAUGAAACUGGAAAUCAAGCAGGCCUAUUUCAUAAAAAUAGUCAAGAUGAAAACCAGAACCAUACUGAGGAAAAUCAGAAGGAAAUCUCACCAACCAAUCAGGGCAGAAAGACAUCCUCUACCUGCAUAGUACUUUAGUACGGAAAUAUAUGAAGCUUGCAUAUGUGUGAUGACAAAAGUGACCAUUUUACAAAGAGAGGUGCAGUUUAUACUUGAAAACAAUAAUGCGUGUGCAUAAUGAUUAUGGUCUCCCCCCCCCUAAAAUAAGCAUGUUUGUAUUGAUUUACUUUGAUUG